AUGAAAGCUCAAAAACAGAAGAAUGCCAAACAACAGAAAAGGAAUACUAGCAGUACCAAUGUACAGAAUGGAAAGGAUGACAAACAUUCAGAGAACAGGAGUGACUUGAGAAAGGCAUACGACUUGGAACUUAGUCUGAUCCUUGGACUAGUGACAUUUAGUGUUUAUUAUACAACCCUGUAUCCAUCCCUGCCUGGAGGAGACUCGGGAGAACUUAUUGCUGCUGCACAAGAACUUGGGGUUGCCCAUCCUCCUGGCUACCCUCUCUUUACCUUGCUUGCCUGGAUGGCAAUACAUCUGGUACCUGGCAGCAGUGUGGCAUGGCGCGUUAAUCUACAGACCUCCAUGUUUGGAGGGGUAGCCAUUGUGUUUCUAGCACUCACCAUUCUAAGGUUGACCAGUCGCCCAUCAGCAGCUGUGUUAGCAGUGGGAAUGUGGGGAUGGUGCAAGCUGACAUGGGCAUGGUCCAUCACAGCCGAAGUCUUCGCCCUAAACAACAUGUUUGUGGCCCUGCUCAUGUUCAUCGCUCUGCAGUUUGAGGAUGCUGAUAACGAAAAGAAGAUCAAGAUGUCGUUUUUGGGAUCUUUUGUAUGCGCACUUUCCCUGUGUAACCAGCAUACCAUGGUCGUCUAUGUGUUUUGUAUGGCAGUGUGGGUCCUUUACAUUCUUUACAAAAAACAGAUUUUGACGUUUACUGUCUUGUUGAGGAUUGGCCUGUCCUUCCUGGCAGGACUUCUGCCAUAUAUAUAUCUGCCUCUGUCCAGCUGGUCUUUACAGUCAAAUUGGACAUGGGGUGACCAGAGGUCUGUGGCUGGACUGCUUACACACCUUCUGAGGAGGGAAUAUGGCACAUUUGAUCUGGGUAAAGAAGAGAUGGGACAAGGGUUGCUUUUUGGUCUAAGGGCAUACCUUGACCACAUUCUGAGUGACCUGACAAUAGUUAUAUGUGUCCUUUUCCUCCUGGGACUAGUCACCAUUACUUAUAGGCACCUAAAAACCAGAGACAGAGCUCUGACUGUAUUCUUCAUCAUGAUGACCAUAUACAUGUUGUUUUUCUCCUGGAGAGCAAACCUUGAUCUAAAAAACCCUUUAUACUUAGGGGUGGUGGAAAGAUUCUGGAUGCAGAGUGAUCUGAUUGUCAUAACUAUUGCAGCAGUAGCAUACAGUGAUGUCAUUAACUACUUUUUCUGGUUUACAAAGAUGAACAAAGCCUUCUUUGAGAACACAAGACCAGACUUACUUGUAGCUCUUCUGUUGUCUGUUUUCCAGUUGCAACGUCAUUAUCAUGUGAGUGACCAAAGUGGGAACUGGGUCAUUCAUGAGUUUGGAGAAGAUAUCCUGACGAACAUGCCUCCAAAUGCCAUUAUACUUACCAAGGGGGACUUGCCUUCAAAUACUUUCAGAUAUUUACGUUUGUGUGAAAACAUAAGGCAUGACAUUCAAAUAUUUGAUCAGGAGAUCUUGACUUACGAAUGGUCAGUUCCCAUGCUAGGAUGGACAAUGCCUGGGAUCACAUUUCCUGGGGACAUGUUUCAUUUGACCAACAGCAGGAGAAAGGAUGGCAGAAUUUCUUUUACAUUCCAGAGAUUUCUUGAUGUCAAUUACAAUCAAGCCCCAAUAUUCGCCUGUAUUGGAGUCCAGGACCACGAGACCUCCUGGCAAGCUGGUUACACUUUGGUACCCUAUGGUGUGUGCAGUAAGCUUGUGAGGAAAGGGGCAACAUUUGACCUGGCAGCACACAUCACAUCUGCUAGGAAAAUCGCACAGAACUGGACUCACCCACCUGGCGGAUUUUUGGAAACCUCUUGGGAACGUGUGGCAACUGAUGAGAUGUGGAAUGCCAAAAUCAGCACGGCAUAUUUCCUUUAUGACAGAUCCCAGGCCUUAGAUAAUGAAAAAGAAAGAAAUGAAGCACUCCUUUCCUCCUACCAGUUGUACACAGAAGCCAUGGAUAACAGCCCUGGUUUCCCAGCCUACUGGCACAAGAACUAUGCUCUGGCCUGUGAAAAAAUGCUACAUAUAUCCCAUGACUACAAUAAAAGGGACCUAACCCGUAAAGUUGUUCAUCACUUUGAGACGUUCCUGAAACGUGACCCCAAUGAUUCAGACAAACAAGCCAUUCUACAAAUCAUUGAAAUGCUCAAGCAGAGACUUCAUUCUUGACAAGGGUAGAUAAUUAAUACUAGCAUAAUAAUUUGUUUUGUCAUAAUAUAUACAGUGUGUUAAACAUAUCCAUAUUUACAUAUUUCUGUUUUAUUUGGGUAAUCCUUAUAUAUACAAAUAAUUGUCUUUUUCUGCCACCAUUAUUUAUACUGAACCAGAUAUUUCUGUAUUUACAAACAUCUUUGUAUUUAAUGGUACAUCGUGUAAAUAUAAAAGUUAUGUUUUGUUCUAUUUAAGUAGUGUUUUAG